CAUUUCGUCACCAAAGUCUCAUAUGGUCGGUUUCGGACGAGUGUCGACGUGGCUGGCAGCUGCGUUGGCGAUCGCGGCGCUGUCUUCAUCCGUGGAUGCCGUAGAUCGAAGCAAAUUCCGUCGAUGUGACCAGGCUGCCUUCUGCUCCUCGCAACGCCAAACGGUAGGCAGCAGCGACACCUCCACGUACUCGUUGCUCGCAAAGCCCGACGCGGCCACGUCGUCGUCAUCUGUGUACUACUUUUCGCUUGUGCCGUCGACGUCCAAGAAGCCGCUGCACGCGUCAUUGAGCUUCCUCCAAUCCGGCGCCGUGCGUCUUCGCACGUCCGAGGUCGCUUUUGACGGGGCGCUCUUCGACGCCCACAACGCCGAGAACGACCUGACCAAGCCACGAUGGCAACCGAAGGAUGUACUUGUGGACACGACUCAUUCGUCGUUUGAGCGCACGACGUCAUCUCCCCUCACAUCGAUCGCGGCGGAAGAUGUGGCGUUCCUCUCGACUGCCGAUGUCCCCACCCUGGUGGUGCUUCGCGGGAAGCCGCGGGCUUUUGCCAUGGAAGUGUACGUGAACGGAGAACUGGUCGUGUCGACCAACACCUUGGGCAAGCUGCAUUACGACGCGCGCAAGGACAAGAACAACGACAGCAACGCCGCCACGUCCUCAGCCGACGACGCGGCUUCGGGAGUCGAUGUCCACGGCGGCAAGGAGAUUGUCGACUAUGGCGAGGAUGGGCUGGCCAUCUACGCCGACGGGACCCACCAAGUCAAAGGCACCACGGAAACCCCCGCGCCCGUCGACGACUCGUCCACGUGGCAGGAAUCGUUUGGCGGGCACUCUGACACCAAGAAGUUUGGGUCCACCGCCGUGGGCUUGGACAUCCAUUUUCACGGCCAAGAUCGUCAUUUGUAUGGCAUUCCCGAGCACGCGACGGACUUUGUCUUGAAAGACACGCUGUCUCGUGACAACACGCCCGUGACCGACCCAUAUCGGCUGUACAACUUGGACGUGUUCGAGUACGAAUUGAACGAGCCGAUGGCGCUAUAUGGCCACAUUCCGAUGCUCAUGGCCGCGAGUCCGUCGAAUACUGUGGGGGUGUUCUGGUACAACCCGUCUGAGACGUUUGUGGACAUUGCGACACCGUCAACAACGCAAAAAUCCACCCACUGGAUGAGCGAAAGCGGGUGGAUCGACCUCUUCGUCCUCCCGGGGCCGACUCCUGCCGCCGUGUCGGACCAGUUCACGCAGCUCACGGGCCGCGCGUCGCUGCCGCCCGUGUUUGCACUGGGGUACCACCAAUGCCGAUGGAACUAUAAGAACGAGCUCGACGUGUCUCGCGUCGACCAAGGCUUUGACACGCAUGUGAUACCGUACGACGUAUUGUGGCUCGACAUUGAGCACACGGACGGCAAGCGGUACUUUACGUGGGACCAGCAUGCGUUUCCCACACCGGUUGACAUGCAAGCGUCGCUGUCGGCGGUCGGCCGCAAGAUGGUGACCAUCGUGGACCCGCACAUGAAGCGGGAUGCCAACUACGCCGUGCACACGGACGCGCAAGCCCAGCAAGUGUACAUCACGGACGAAAACGGCAACGAGUUUGACGGGUGGUGCUGGCCCGGGUCGUCGUCGUAUGUCGACUUUACGUCCGACAAGGCGCGGCGGUGGUGGGCGUCCCAGUUCCGCCUGGACAAGUACAUUGGCAGUACGUUGGACCUGUACACGUGGAACGACAUGAACGAGCCGAGUGUGUUCAACGGCCCCGAGGUGAGCAUGCGCAAGAACUGCCUCAGCCGCGCCGGCGUCGAGCACCGCGAAUGGCACAACUUGUACGGGUACUACAUGCAGCGCGCGACCAUGGAAGGCCAGCUCGUGCGCCAGCUCCCCGAAGUCCCCCCAUCCGACGAACCAAUUCCGCUGACCGCUGCGGUGGAGCGCCCAUUCGUGCUGAGCCGCGCGUUCUUUGCCGGCAGCCAGCGCUACGGCGCCAUCUGGACGGGCGACAACAAGGCCGACUGGGGCCAUUUGAAUUACGCGACCAAAAUGCUGCUUAGCAUGAGCGUGGCGUCGCUCACGUUUGUCGGCGCCGACGUCGGCGGCUUCUUUGGCAACCCCGACGCCGAGCUGGUCACCCGCUGGAGCCAGGCCGCGACGUACCAGCCCUUCUUCCGAGGCCACGCGCACCACGACUCGGACCGCCGCGAGCCAUGGGUGUUUGGCGAGCCCCAUACUGGCCGCAUCCGCGAAGCCAUCCGUCGGCGUUAUGUGAUCUUGCCCUACUUGUACACGGUGUUCCACACGUGUAGCGUGUCGGGGUUGCCAGUGAUGCGGCCGUUGUGGAUGGAGUUCUCGACCGAUGCCAAGGCGUUUGGUGUCGAAGAUGCAUUCCUUCUCGGAGGAGAUAUCCUCGUGCAUCCGAUUACGUCGGCGGGCACGACUUCAGCGGACGUGUACCUUCCAGGCACGGAUGUGUGGUACAAUAUCAACGAAAGCUACAAGCGCCUUGUGGGGGGGACGACGUAUUCGGUGGCGGCGCCGAUCGAUUACAUCCCCGUGUUCCAGCGCGGCGGGAGCAUCGUGCCCCAGCGAUGGCGUGUGCGACGCAGUUCGGCGUUGAUGCGUCACGACCCGUACACGCUGGUCGUGGCUUUGAACCACGCCAAGGCGGCCGUGGGCGAGUUGUACGUGGACGACGAGCACACGUUUGCGUUUGAAACCGACCACAAGUUUACCCAAGUGCAGUUUGCCUUUGAGUAUGGCUUCUUGAGGUCGCAUGUGGGGUCCGUGGGCUUUGACGCGGCGGACGUGAAGAUCGAGCGCAUUGUGGUCGUGGGGCUGCAGCAAAAACCGACCACCGUGAAGCUUUUCAGUGGCGACGGCGAUGUCGUCGAGUUGGAAACUGCGUACGAUGCAAUCGACGACGCGCUGAUCAUCCGCAAGCCCAACGUCGCCGUGACCAGUGCAUGGACCAUCCAGUUUGUUUAAGGGCAUACUAUGUAGUAAAUAUGGCCUAAUAACGUUCAUCGAAAGUAGUUCACCAA